AUGCCUGUGGAGGACAAGCACAGCCAGUGGAUGAAGAAGUUCAAGAACAAGGGCAAGGACUCCACUGCCCGGCGCAGGCAGAGAGUGGAGGUGAGCAUGGAGCUGAGGAAGGCCAAGAAGGAUGAGCAGAUCCUGAAGCGCAGGAGCAUCUCCUUCAGUUUGGUGGAUGAGAGUCUCUCUCCAGAAGACAAAAAGGAGAUUAUUCAGCUGUCCUUGGAGGAAAUUGUGGAAGCUGUGAAUGGGAGUGACAGGGAGCUGCAGCUGCAGGCUGUGCAGGACAUCAGGAGAAUGCUGUCCAAGCAGAAUGACCCUCCUAUCAACCAGGUCAUCGAGCUGGGGAUCAUCCCCAGGCUGGUGGAGUUCCUGGGCCAUGAUGAUGAUCCUUUCCUGCAGUUUGAAGCAGCUUGGGCACUGACUAACAUUGCCUCUGGCACCUCUGACCACACCAGGGCCGUGGUGGAGGCAGGAGCCAUCCCACCCUUCAUCUCCCUCCUGUCCUCCCCACACAUGCACAUCAGCGAGCAGUCGGUGUGGGCACUGGGCAACAUUGCAGGUGAUGGUCCCACGUACAGAGAUGCUCUCAUCAAUUGCAGUGUGAUUCCUCCCUUGCUGGCUCUGGUGUCACCUGUAACUCCUGUUGGAUUCCUGAGGAACAUCACGUGGACAAUAUCAAACCUCUGUAGGAACAAGAACCCCUACCCUCCCCUGGAUGCAGUGAAGAAGAUGCUGCCAGUUCUCCUCUACCUCCUUGAGAAUGAUGACAAGGACAUCAUUUCUGACUCCUGCUGGGCUUUCUCCUAUCUGACUGACAGCACCAAUGAUCGCAUCCAAAUUGUGGUGGAUACGGGGAUUCUUCCAAGACUGGUGGAACUCAUGGGCAGCCCAGAGAUGAUGAUUAUGACUCCUGCUCUCCGGGCUGUUGGGAACAUCGUCACGGGGACUGAUGAACAGACCCAGGCAGCUAUUGAUGCUGGUGUCCUGGCUGCCCUGCCUCGUCUCCUGAGACACCCAAAGCAAGCUAUACAGAAGGAAGCAGCAUGGACCCUCAGUAACAUUGCAGCAGGGCCUUCCCAGCAGAUCCAGCAACUCAUCACCUGUGGGUUAUUGCCACCUCUGGUGGAGCUGCUUGAUAAGGGGGACUUCAAAGCUCAGAAAGAAGCUGUUUGGGUAGUGGCCAACCUCACAACAGGAGGGACUGUGGAGCAGGUGGUGGAGCUUGUCCAGUCUGGGGUCCUCAAGCCUCUGCUCAACCUACUCUUGGUCAAAGAUAGCAAAACUCUCCUGAUCAUCCUGGAUACCAUUACAAAUCUCUUCAAGGCAGCUAAGAAGCUGGGAGUGACAGAUAGGCUGUGUCUGCUGGUGGAAGAGCUUGGUGGUCUGGAGAAGAUGGAAGCCUUGCUGACCCAUGAGAACAAUAUAGUCUAUGAAGCUGCUCUUAUUAUCAUGGAGAAAUACUUUUGUUUUGAGGAAAAUCCAGAUCUGCAGCAUGAGACUAGCAAAGAUGGAGAAGAUGAUUUCUCAGAGUAUAAGAAAGACUUUGACUUCUGA